CCUUGAAAUAUAGCAUAUAAGAACUUGGCUGGGAUGUUUAUGAAAUUCCACCCAUGCUCUUAGACUAAAAGUAAUGCACAUUAGUUGAUCUAUUAAUUACGCUACCUUUGUCUAUGUGUGUUUAUCAAAAUGAAGGUAGGGUGUCUAGGAAAAGAGCCCUGCUACUUCCAAGUUCCAACAGCAAAGAUCAGGUCAGUAGGGGUGGGACUGCACAGAUUACUGCGACCCUGACUAUAUUUAGUGUCCGUCCCACACUGCCCCAGCCAAACAGCUGGCAUUUCCAUAUCAGCAGGGCGUUGAAUGGUCGCCUUGCACUGUUAGCAGGGCACCAAUGUGUCUGACUGCUUAGGCAAGACCCAGGUUUCUACCUGGGUUCAAGCAGUGGUGAUCAGCAGCAAGAUGGAGGCUGAAGAAAUGGUGAUCCGUCUACCGGGACGUUCCAGCGCGCCUGGCGGAAUCGGAGAGACAACGGUGCUCAGGCACAAAGAAGUUCACCACUUUUUUUUCCUACCUUUCAGGGAACAGCCCAUCUACAGCACCCGGGCACACGUCUUCCAGAUAGACCCCAGCACUAAGAAGAACUGGAUGCCCACCAGCAAACAUGCGGUCACUGUUUCUUACUUCUAUGACAGUACCAGGAACGUGUACAGGAUCAUCAGCUUGGAUGGAUCAAAGGCAAUAAUAAACAGCACUAUCACCCCGAACAUGACCUUCACAAAGACGUCUCAGAAGUUCGGGCAGUGGGCAGACAGCCGUGCCAACACAGUGUAUGGGCUGGGUUUCUCCUCUGAGCAUCAUUUGGCCAAGUUUGCAGAAAAAUUUUCAGAGUACAAGGAAGCAGCUAGGAUGGCCAAGGAGAAGUCUCUAGAAAAGAUGGAGCUGGCAAGUUCGCCCUCUCAGGAAUCGCCUGCCGACAUUCAUUCCCCCCUGACUCCACCCGUCACUGCGGACCUCUGUCGAAUCAACGGCACUGGUGAUGACGUCACUCUGUCUGACGUGUCACCGAAUUCUAUGCUCCAAUCAGACCUUUCCCCGACCACGCCGACCCUUGCACACAGCCCGACUACCAACAAACACUGGGAAGCAGAGCUUGCAACACUAAAAAGCAACAAUGCCAAGCUCACAGCUGCUCUACUGGAGUCCACAGCCAACGUCAAACAAUGGAAACAGCAGCUAGCAGCUUAUCAGGAGGAGGCCGAAAGGCUACACAAACGGGUUUCUGAAUUGGAAAGUCAGAGUAGUCAAACCAAUGUGAUCAAAUCCCAGAAAACAGAGCUGAACCAAACAAUAGAGGAGCUGGAGUGUACACUGAAGGCAAAAGAAGAGGAAAUGGUGCGAUUGAAAGAAGAAAUAGAAAAUGCAAAGCAGCUUCAAACUCAGAAAGAUGAACUCACUAAAAAAUUAGAGGACACAGAUUUGCGGAACAAGGAGCUUGAGGAACAGUUGGUUGAUCUGGAGCAGCGUCUGGAGUCGAGUCAAGUAGAUCAAGAGAACCUCCGCAAGAACCUCAAAACUCUGCUGGAGAUUCUGGAUGGAAAGAUCUUCGAGCUGACAGAGCUAAGAGACAACCUAGCUAAGCUCAUAGAGGACAGCUAGACUCCUCAACCUCUAGCCUCAAAACUUGAUUUUAAUGCCACUUUCCUCCUUUUAUGAAAUACACAGCAUCCGAUUCAGGCCGAGAGAGUCUGGCGUACUUUCGAGCGACGCCUCGACUGUCGGUCUCUCCUUCACUCACUUACACGGAAUGAUUAACCAUUGGUUGCACUUGAUUUUGUAUUUUUGAGGUGGGUUCGUUCUCUUCAGUGCCACUGCUACCCACCAAGUUUUAUUGUCAACAAUACUCCUGUACUUUUAUUGAUGUUUCCUUGAAUUCCCAAUCCCAAAAUCCCAAAUUAGGCAGCCUGCAAAAAAACA